AUGGAUGGAUUUGGAUUACACUUCAACUCAGGGAAUUGGAUCCUUCUACUCACCAGCUUCUUUGUUCUUUGCAUCAGCAAUUGGUGGUCAAGUGCUGCUGAGGCCUCCACAGUUCCACAAGAGCUUCUUAAAGGUUUCAAGGCCACUCCAAAUCCUUCAGUUUCUUCUUUCCAGCCAUUACUCAGCGAUUCUAAUGGUAAUUACUCACUGGGUUUCCUCCGAGUCAAUAAAAACCAGCUCAACCUAGCUGUUUACCACAUCCAGUCUUCGGAACAACUAUGGUAUGCAAGAACGCCUGGUUUAACGAGAUGGGCUCACUCGACGGAGCUCUUCUUCAAUGGCAGCCUUGUAUUAUCUGAUCCUCACACGGGGGUACUUUGGUCAACUCAGACGGAUGGUGACCGUGUUUGGCUCUCCAACACCUCGAAUCUCCAACUCCAGAAGCUCGAUGAAGUCGCUAUUUUGUGGCAAAGUUUUGAUUUUCCCUCAGAUACCCUUGUUGAGAACCAAAAUUUCACUAGUGCCAUGGCUUUGGUUUCUUCAAAUGGACUUUAUUCUAUGCGGUUGGGAUCCGAUUUUAUCGGGUUUUACGCCAAGUUCAACCCGGGUACGGAUCCAGGUCAAAUAUAUUUGAAGCACAAAGCAUUAGAGGCCAAGGCAGCUAUAGUGAAGGGCCAAGGGCCCAUACACGUAAUUCUCAUGUCUGAUGGGUAUUUGGGUAUGUUCCAAACGGGUUCAACUCCAGUUGAUGUACAAUCGUUCAACAGUUUUCAGCAAAACAUAUCCGGGAUCCGCCGGGUCCGUAUCGAACCGGAUGGGAAUCUCAAAGGGUAUUUCUGGACCGGUUCAAGUUGGAUCGUGGAUUACCAAGCAAUAUCCGACCCGUGCGAAUUGCCUAGUUCAUGCGGGUCCUAUGGUCUGUGUCGACCAGGUGAGGGAUGUUCCUGCCUAGACAACCGGACAGAGCCCAUCUCCGGCGGGUGUGUCUCGUCGGAAAAUCACAUAUCUGGUGACCUCUGCCGUGCCUAUGACAACAAAUACAAAGUACUGCGAAGAAGUGGGGUAGAGUUACCGUAUAAAAAAUUAAUGGGGUACAAGAAAAUGGAGUCCAUAACACAAUGUGAAAAUGCAUGUGAAUUGAACUGUACAUGUUGGGGUGCGUUGUACAGUAACUCCUCUGGGUUCUGCUACAUGCUAGAUUAUCCCAUGCAAACCCUAGUAGCUGUGGGGGAUGAGACCAAGAUGGGUUUUUUUAAGCUGCGAGAGGGUGCAGGUAAGAAAAAGGUGGGUACAUGGUUAGGCUUGGGAUUAGGAUUGCUCUUUGGGGCAAUUUUGAUAUUAGGAGGAGUAAUAGGGUUAUUUUGGUAUAAGUUGAGAAACAGAGGAGUCAAAGGGUAUGUCGACGAAGAGGGUAUUGGUGUGGGUCCAUACAAAGAUUUAGGGGCCGCUAGUUUUAGGUCAAUUGAAUUAUGUGAAAGGUGA